GGGCCAGCCCUCGCCUCGCGGUGGGAAGGCGGGAGGGCGCGCGCCGGGGCCGCCCGCUCGCUCCCUUUGCUCGUUCGCUCGUUCCCUCCCUCCGGCCGGCGGGUUAGUAGUCAGUCAGUCAGUCCGCCUGCAGCCCGCAGGGCCAGCGAGCCGCAGAGGGCCGAGCCUCGGACGCCCGCGCCUUCUCCUGCCAUUGUUCGUCUGGCGGCUGCGGCGGCGGGCGCGAGGAGCCCGGGCCCCAGAACCACCGCAACAUCAUGACAACAGAGAAGAGUUUAGUGGCUGAGGCUGAAAAUCCACAGCACCAACCGCAGAAGGAAGAGGGUGAGGGAGCCACAAGCUCCGGUCAACAGGAAACUCAGUUGGAAGAGGCUUCUCAAGCAGCAGCUGAGGGAGAUAAUCAGUGUGAGCAGAAGCUGAAAACAUCUAAUGGAGACACUCCAACACAUGAAGACUUGACCAAGAACAAGGAGCGGACAUCAGAAAACAGGGGCCUGUCACGGCUGUUCUCCUCAUUUCUCAAAAGGCCUAAAUCUCAGGUGUCUGAGGAGGAAGGCAAAGAAGUCGAGUCAGCUAAAGAGAAAGGUGAAGGAGGCCAGAAGGAGAUAGAAUUAGGAGCCAGUCUUGAUGAAGAAAUCAUUUUAAAGGCCCCAAUUGCAGCUCCUGAACCUGAGCUCAAAACAGACCCAUCCUUGGAUCUCCAUUCAUUAAGCAGUGCAGAAACACAGCCUGCUCAGGAAGAACACAGAGAAGAUCCAGAUUUUGAGACUAAGGAAGAAGGAGGACUUGAGGAGUGCUCUAAAAUAGAAGUAAAAGAAGAAGGUCCUGAAUCAAAAGCAGAGAGAGAAUUAAAAGCUCCCCAGAAAUCCAUCAGAAGGCACGGAAGCAUGCACUGCAAGGUUUCUCUGUUGGAUGACACAGUUUACGAAUGUGUGGUGGAGAAACAUGCUAAGGGACAAGAUUUACUUAAACGAGUAUGUGAACACCUCAAUCUUUUGGAAGAAGACUACUUUGGUCUAGCCAUUUGGGAUAAUGCAACCUCAAAGACAUGGCUGGAUUCUGCCAAAGAAAUAAAAAAGCAAGUUCGUGGUGUCCCCUGGAAUUUCACAUUUAAUGUAAAGUUUUACCCACCUGACCCAGCACAGUUAACAGAAGAUAUAACAAGGUAUUACCUAUGUCUUCAGCUUCGACAGGACAUAGUUUCUGGACGUCUGCCCUGUUCCUUUGCAACCUUAGCGUUACUAGGUUCUUAUACUAUCCAGUCUGAGCUGGGAGACUAUGAUCCAGAACUCCAUGGCGCAGAUUAUGUUAGUGAUUUUAAACUGGCCCCAAAUCAGACCAAGGAACUUGAAGAGAAGGUCAUGGAACUGCAUAAGUCAUACAGGUCCAUGACUCCAGCUCAGGCUGACCUGGAAUUUCUUGAGAAUGCCAAAAAGUUGUCUAUGUAUGGUGUUGACCUUCAUAAAGCAAAGGACUUGGAGGGCGUGGAUAUCAUCCUAGGUGUCUGCUCUAGUGGCCUUCUGGUUUACAAAGAAAAGCUGAGAAUUAACCGCUUUCCUUGGCCCAAAGUGCUGAAGAUUUCUUACAAACGUAGCAGCUUUUUCAUUAAGAUUCGACCUGGAGAGCAAGAACAGUACGAAAGUACCAUCGGAUUCAAACUUCCCAGUUACCGAGCAGCUAAGAAAUUAUGGAAAGUCUGUGUAGAGCAUCACACGUUUUUCAGACUGACAUCUACAGACACCAUUCCUAAAAGCAAAUUUCUUGCCCUGGGAUCCAAAUUCCGAUACAGUGGCCGAACUCAGGCUCAGACCAGGCAAGCUAGUGCUCUGAUUGACAGGCCUGCCCCACACUUUGAGCGCACAGCAAGCAAACGGGCAUCCCGAAGCCUUGAUGGAGCAGCGGCCGUUGAGUCAGCAGACCGAAGUCCUCGGCCCACCUCUGCACCUGCCAUUGCUCCGAGUCAAGCCGCAGAAGGCGGUGUCCCAGGUGCGCCUGUCAAGAAAGCGCAGAAGGAAACAGUGCAGGUUGAAGUGAAACAGGAAGAGGCACUUUCUGAGGAUGCUGAGCCAGAGCCCACAGAAGCAUGGAAGGUGGAAAAAACCCACAUCGAGGUCACAGUACCCACCCCAAACGGUGACCAAACGCAGAAGCUUGCAGAGAAACCUGAAGAUCUGAUAAGAAUGAGGAAGAAAAAGAGAGAGAGACUAGAUGGUGAAAACAUUUAUAUCAGACAUAGCAAUUUAAUGUUGGAGGAUUUAGACAAAAGUCAAGAAGAGAUCAAAAAACAUCAUGCCAGCAUCAGUGAGCUGAAAAAGAACUUCAUGGAAUCCGUACCAGAACCACGGCCUAGUGAAUGGGAUAAACGCUUAUCCACUCACUCUCCCUUUCGAACACUUAACAUCAAUGGGCAGAUCCCUACAGGAGAAGGAGUGAAGAAAACCUCUGUCCUUCCCUCGGAAAGAAAGGUUGGUGGGCCAGAGACACAGGAACGUGCUCUGUUAGUGCAGGACGAAGAGAAAGUUAAAAGGCAAGAGAGAUCUACUGAAAGAGCCUUGCCCCAGCAAGAAAAUGAAGAAACUCUUCCCAAGGUUUCUAUUCCAAUCCCUGAGGAUCACAAGUUUCUCAAAAAGUGCCACCUCUACUCUAGUACUUUUUCAUCUCCUCGUGUUCCUUUCGUGAUGUCUUUUCUCGUGGUUCUUGCAUUGGCUGUCUGGUGGUUGGUCUUUCUGUGAUCGGAAAACAGGGGGCUCGUCUGAAAUGUCAAGACUAAAACCAUUGAACUUUGUCGUUCGCUUCUACUGUGUUACCUCCUGUGUGUUACCCUCUGAUCUUGAUAGUUCCUGUCCCAGGGGAGCGCUUGUGAUCAUGUUCUGUCAAUACAAUGUUACUCUUUAUAGAUGAUAUGUCAUGGGGUACAAAGGAGUAGCCAUGGAUUGCCAAAGCCAGUUUUCCUCACUGAAGUUUAACAAGUUUAGGCAAAUUGGAUUUAAGCAUGCAGCAGGUUGGUACUUUCCCCAGAAGCUUUAAUUCUCUUAUCCUGCAUGUUCUUACUGUUUACCGUUGCUCAGUACUCCUUUCCAGUGCUUCUCACAAAGCAGGGUAUCCUGUAGACACGUUUGAUGAAAUGUCUUCCCAAUCCUUGAUAGUUACUCGUGUGGCAUGGGCUUUGUAGUUUAAGAAAAAAUUCAACUUGCUAACCUUUCCAAAGCCUUAAAAUGGUACAUUUUAAUCUAUGAAUCCAUAACCACUCCUUUUCUUGAGAUAUCAAGUCAAUACAUACAAAAGCCUUUUUCUGAAAAGGGCUUUUGACUUUCGUGGCCUUCUUAUGUAUGUUUCUGAGGUGUACAGGGACAAACAACUUUUAUCCUGCCCAAUGUACAGAAGAGGUCUGCAAAAGUUAAAUGCAUUUUCCACAAAUGUAAUGUUGAUGGUAUAAGGAAAAUGGUGCUGGUGCCCUUUAACCUCCAGCCAGGGCUGAAUUUUCCAGACUACUCUGCCCAUCUUCAAAAGUCCUGGAAUAACAAAUUUCUUGAAGAUCUGGACAUAUGCAUACCCUUCUCUGAAUUAGAAUACUGUGUUACUUCUUUAUUGAAUUAAGUAAUUAUAUUGCUAAAAGCAAUAUUUAGCCAUUAUGAUAACGUUAAAGUGUAUAUUGAUAUAUUUUGUUUUUCUGAUAGACUUCAGACUUGUUUAUUCUUACAUGUGCGUUGAAAUUAAUUGUCUUUAAUCCAUGGUCUUGUGAGCUAAGGCUCUGUUGUGACAAGUACGUGUCUUCUGUUUGCAUGUUGAUUUUUAAGGCUUCCCUGAAGUAAAAAUGAGUGUGCUGUCUCUUUACAACCCAACUCGGAUGCCUAACCUGUUUUUCUCCCCUCAGUAUUAAUGAAAUCUUGCAUGUAGCCUGUUUUUUAUGGCACUUGAAUGUACCAAUGUGGAUGAUUUGGUUAAUGUCUCAAAUAUUGUUUUGAAAUCUGAGUUCAUAGAGUUGUCAAACUAAGAUUAUUGCACUUUACUUCUCAACACUUUGCAGCUGAUGAAACUUCUAAACAAGACUUUUUAAGGUGGUAGCUUCUUAGAGUUAAAAAAAAAAAAAAAGAGAACAGUAGAGCCAAGACUCUUUAGUCCUUCAGUACCCACCACUGUUAUUCUAUUUUUUCUGGAGACAUGUAGAAAUAAUACUAUGGCAUUUCCUGAAAACUGUGACUAGGUUAUUAUAGGCUCUCCAAAAAGAUGGGAAAGAAGUGAGAAGCAAGUUAAAAUUUAAAAUCUGGUAUAAGUGUAUAUCUUUCAUGUCACAGGCUAUGUCUGUUUAUAAGAAAUAUUUUGUAAUUAAGCAUAUUUGUUUAUACUCAUAAUAAAGAGAGAGAGACCUCGAAUCAACCUGAGAUAUUGCAGAGCUGUUCUGUAAGACAGAAAGUGAUGGUAAUAAUACUCCUCUUUAUCUGAAAUAGACAUGGGAACUUUCCUUAUGAAAUAACAAAACUAUAGUUAUCGGUUAGAUUCUUUUAAAUUUUUUUCAAGAAACAAGGAAAUAACCUUAGGAUUUUAUUGAUGCUUUUAUAACUGUUUCAGAUUAUAUUUCCAGUUUUCAUCCUUGUACAUAGCUUUUUACUCAUUAUUGUAAGCAGCACCUUGAGUUGUGUUUCCCUUUGUAUUGGAGUUGAUUUCAAGUCCAUUAAAAUUCUAGUGUAAGCCAGCAAUACUUUUCGGUUUUCUGAAGUGCAGCAGGAGUUCUCAGAUGGUCAAAGGAGAGGCCUUUUCUUCUGUUAAUAGAGUAAGAACGGUUGAGAAGAGAAGGGCCAGCCCUUUGACUAAUAAGCUGGCUGGUGCAGUCUCAAAAGGUACGCCUGUCACAGUUAUCUUAGGGAAAAUAGUUUACACUGCUGUCCAUAUGUAUAACAUAAAGCUGUAAAUAGUCUUGGUUUUCCUCUCACAUCUCAUUUCAUUCUUGAUACCAGAGACAGAUCCGAAGAACUGUGUGUUGGUUUUAGCUUGAUUCAAUCUUCUUUUUUUUUUUUCCUUCAACCUUCUUAACAACAGGUUGAUGAGUGAAAAACAAUUGGGACUAAGUAAAAAGUCUUGGGUUUUUGCCUUGGUUUUGCUAGUAGUUUAUUCCUAGGGUGACCUGAGAAGCUGACUUAACUCCUUGGUGCCCAGAGUUCCACCUAAUAAAGUAGAGACAAACCUACCUCUUGAGAAUGUUCCAGGAACCAGGAGCUCUGGUGGGCAUGGAAUGCUUGGUCUUUUGGGGACUAGAAAUUAAAAAAAAAAGCAAAGACACAUUUGCUUCCUGGAUUUUUUAAAAAUAAAAGUAAGCAAUUAGAUAGCUAUAUUUAUUUCCAUCUACUCCUUAUUGAUAUUUGAGCAAACACUUAAAACAACUAAAGUUAAGAAUUCCUCUUACUCUUAAGCAAUUCAUCUUACCUCUGUGGUAUACUUUGAGUGGACCAUACUUGAAAAUAAAUCCCGCAUCUAUAUUUUGGACCUGUCUUUUAGCCAUCUUCUUAUGCUAGACAUAUGGAUUAUUAGACAUGUGGAUUAUGAAGGAGCUUCAGUUUUCAUGGGUCAGUUCUAUUACUUCUUUGUAUCUUUAGCAAAAGUUUUGAAGGGAGAAGAUACCACUUCUGUUGAGUAACAUGAGACUAGGGAUUAUCUGUGGACUAGAUUUUGUUGUCAUCUUAGAUCCUAGUACAUUUCUUCCUAUUAAAUACUACUUAAAUUCCUGUGGAUGUAAGACAAUUCACCUUUUCCUACAUUCCUAAGUCACUAUUGUAAUAUUUCCUACAGAAGAGAAUAUAAGACAUUUUUUGCAUCAGAGGUUUGGUUAUUUUUUGAAGGCUUAACCAGUCAAAAUUUAUAUUUAGCCUUUACCAGUGACCAUGUAAUUAUGAAAGGAAGACAGAAAAUUCAAAAAUAGUAUGAAACACUAGGAAGUUGCUUUUUUCUUGCCUAGAGUAUUGAGCAGAGUAAAGCUAUAUAGAACUUUUCUACCAAGUUUUCUUCACUUUUGUUCUUCUUCAUAGAAAUUUUAAAAUCCCAAAGUUCUUUGCAGCAUUCUCUGUCAUACUGAGAGAGAUUAUUGUUAUGUUGCUUCUAUUACGUAUAGAAAUUCUGCUUUUUCCCAUUGCACUCAAAUGAGCCCUGUUGUUUGUAGUUUUGGUAGUAGAAGCAGAGACAACUCUUUAUCUGUGGGAUGACUCCAUCUGCCUCCACUACACUGUAGGGAAGAGUAUCCAUAAGUCUGGUUCAUUUCUGCUGCUUUAACCCCUCAUGCCUUGGGAUCUUCUUUUUUCUGCGUCAGAACAUGAUGCAAAAAGAAACAGGUCGGUGUGGACCUUAGGAUUGGAUGCCUGAAACGGUUAAGAAGUUGUUUAAGUGAGGAAGCCAUAGAAAGUUAGGUUGGAAAAGGAAGGUGGGGGGUAGCUAUGAUUCAUGGAGUAUUUCAUUUUGUAAAUGAAAUUCCUGCCAUACUAGAACUUGAAAGAUAAAAAGAAGAGAAAGUAGAGUGGUUUAUUACUCCCACAGAUCAGAAAUAAAGGUUGAAAGCUAAAUAACUUUAAUAAUAGUCUAACCAAACAUACAGAUGACAAAUUGCCAGGGAAACAUCUGCAUUGAGAAUGCUUUUCUAAUCUUUUGUGAUUGGUAUCCUAGAAGGGGGCCCUCCAGUUUAUCAUAGUCAGAAUCCCAUUUGGGGUAAAUAACAGGAUUGAAUCUACUCUUAAAGAUUAAAGGAGGUGGAGAGGCAUAGAGUCCCAACUCUCUUUUCAGGUCCCCCAAAUCAUUAGAAGAUGCAGUUAAAUCUCUCAUUUUCACCUCUGCUGUCUCGUUAAAGAAGAGUUUCCCUAUGUACAGAAUCCCGUCUCAACUGCAACACAGGGGAUUAGAAUUAAAGGCAAAGUCCCUGGUGGCUCAGACGGUAAAGCGUCUGCCUGCAAUGCGGGAGACCUGGGUUGGAUUCCUGGAUCAGGGAAGAUACCCUGGAGAAGGAAAUGGCAAUCCACUCCAGCACUCUUGCCUGGAAAAUCCCAUGGACGGAGGAGCCUGAUAGGCUACAGUCCAUGGGGUCACAAAGAGUUGGACACGACUGAGUGACUUCACUUUCACUGUUUACUGAUAUCCAUUCUUCAAUCACUGCCCUCUAGGCAAUGUAUUGCAGGGAUGGGAAGCAAAGAGGCAGCAUUAUCAGAAUUUUAGGAUUGGAUAGGUCCCCAGUCCAACUCCUCUCCCUUCCAGUGUUUGAUUCUUCUGUGCUGUAUCAUUUAGAGAUUCAGAGACCAAGUAGUCUCCCAGCCUGUGAUUAAUUAUCUCCCAGGAUAUAACACAUUAUGUCUUUGGACAUCCCAGAUCUUUGGGUAUUAAUCACUAAUGUAUUCAGUCAAAGUCUGUUUCCCUGUAGCUUUCAAAAGUCUGGGUCCUAAAUGGAGGCAUUCUGAAGAAUUUUCCAUCUCCCACGUUAUAAGCUCUUCACAGAGCUAAAAGUAAGUUGUGCUGGAACGAGUCACAGUUCUUGCCCUCAGAUAACUUGCCAUCUGAUAUCCAGGUCUGUCCCAGUUUUCCCCCUAGUAGGUUAUCCUUCUGCUUUCUUCCUCUAGCUUUUCUUGUUUUAUUGGCUCUUUUUCCUUCUGGCUCCAUUGUCCUUUGGUUAAUUCCCAGUGGUUUAUUCAGUCUUAUGUCCCUACCCAUUGACUCUCCCUCUCUAAAAGAACAUUGUGAAGUUCCUGGAGAUCUCAGCCUCACCAUAGAUCACAAGGCACAAGGGGGUGUUUGUCUGUCUGUUAGAUGAAGGAGUUGGGGCUGGGGUGGGAUAGUUUUUGUGGCUUUGGAAGCUUUUUGUAGCCCAGAACCUGUUGACAAGAUUGUAUUGAUGUUAUUAUAUUUAUACCCUCAUGAAGCAUAUCCCCAGAGGGUGCAUUCUAAGUUUGCUUGCCUUCUCUGGUUUGCAUCCUGUAAUACCCCCACGUGCUUUGAUGUAUUCCACUUUGAUAUGAUACAGUUACAGAAACUUAUAACAUUCUGAUGAUGAUGUAGAGCCCCACCAGAGAAAGUGAUACUAAAAUUUUGAAAUGUUAAUCUCUCUCUUUUAGUUUUGCCUGUCUCCUCAAAGCCAUGAGGUUCUCAGAGGUGUGAAACCUUGUUUCAUCUCUUUGCCAAAGAUACCUCUGUAUCCCAGAUACAUAACAAAUAAUUAAUAUUUGUUCAAUUGAAUUAAAUAGUUCUACAGUAACGGAUAAAGUCUAACUUUUCACUUAGAAUCUCUUGUACUGGGGCACAAAUUUGUACCAAGUGAUCCCCACACAUGCAGUCAGUACAUGCAGGUAGCCCAAACAAUCCCUAUUCAGCCUAGAAGCCUCUCUCCUUCCUGUUAAUCCUGUAGCACAGUCCUUGGUUUAUUCACAGAAUCUACAUAUACUUCUAUGAUGUUGUCAGUCUCUCUUGUUAAUGUCUUAUAAUUUGAUUCAGUUAAAAGUUCUUGUCCAUUUAUCAUGGUAAUAAUCAACUAUUUUCAUUACAGAAUGUCAAUAUUAUCGAGACCAGGGUACUUGUUUAUGUGUGUAAAUUCAUCCCGGGGUGUGAUGUCGUUAAGAGUACCUGUUAUUUGACAUUUUGUUUAUCUAAAAUACAUUUCCAAGAGCAGUUUGGUACAUUUGUCUUGUGUUUUACAUGCUAUAAAAACACCAAAGGUAUCAAACUGUUGAGCUGUCAAGAGUUUUUGUGUAUCAGAUAGGCCAGGGGAUCACAAACUUUUUCUGUAAAGGACCAGAUGACAUUUUAGGCUUUGCAGGCCAUAGCGUCUCGGUCAAAACUGCUCAAUGUUGCCGUUGUAGAGUAAAAACAGCAUUGACAAGAAUAAACCAAGAAACAUGAAUGUGUUCCCAUCAAACUUUACUUGUGGACACUGAAAUCUGAAUUUCUUGUCAUUUGUGUCACUAAAUAUUUUUUCUGUGUUUUUCCUAGCCACUUAAAAACGUAAAACCAUUCUUGGCUCAUAGCUGUACAGAAACAAGCCGAGGGCUGGCUUUGGCUGCGAGCUGUAGUCUGCUGACCCCCCAGCAUAGGUCUACAGAAACAAAACUGAUUAGUUAGACGUUAUGCCUUUGUAUUGUUUCAAAGAGCUGUAGUCACGACCUUAGCAUCUUCAUUCAGUGUUGAAGUAUUUUUGGUCUUGUUUAUGAUUAAAAAUGGAAAACAAAAGAAGAGGCACUCAUUCCUAUUUAUCUGGCAGCCAGGAUACACGUGAACUCUAAGCUAAAAUAUCAUCACUCCCGCAGCACCCCUGCCUCUGGCAGUUUCUAGACUUUUCUCUAUUAACUGUGCCCUUAAUAUAUUCAGUGACAAAUUCAGUUAACCCGUCUGUUCUGUUGGAUUUUUAAGGUUCCCAAAUUCACCUUCUCUUUAGCCAGGUUUUAAAGAUAUCUAGUGAACAUGGUAAGAAGAUGACAUGAUUUUCACUCUGAACUUUUGGUACACCAAAAGUGUAUAAAUUUAAGGUUGGGUGACUAAAGGAGAUAUUUGAAAGGUUUCCCUUUCAAAAGAAAGAGAUUUAUCUGAGAGGAAUUCCUUAAUUCAGGGCCUACUUGGGCAGUAUUUAUCAAAAAGUUAAAAGGAAGUUAUAUCCUUUAGGAGGCAUCUUUGUGCCCUAGUCAACAUGGUUGUUUUCUAAAGGAUUUCUUCAUAUCUGUGACUAGCUUUGGGAGGUGCUCUGUAAUACAUUCCUAAAACUAUGUUCCUUUGAGUCCCCUGGUCCAGGAUCCUUCAGCUAUGACACUCAGUGGAAUAAAUUGUUUAUCCAUUAGCAGUUGAGCAAGAUAUACUUCUCUUUGGGGGAUAUUUUCUUUGAUGUUUUUUCACGUUAUUUGCUCUGUUAUUAUGUAAAUUGAUCAUGAAUAAAUCUUAUUGCAAGUCUGAUUCUGGUUGAUACUAAUCAUUAAAGAAACAGGAGUCAGCGAUACUGCACAUAUAUAGACCCACUACCCAAAAGCGGGGUGAGGAGGAACCUCUGCUUCAGCAGAUCAGCAAGAGAGACUGUCAGCCAGUCUUUGUAGAACAAUUCUCUUGUUUUCCCCAUAUUUUCACUCUUUUCUGUGGCCCAGUAAUUGUCUUACUCUCAGUCCUAAAACAGAGAUAAUUUAUUGACAUGCAUUCAGUUCUGAGAAUAUUAAUGUUUUAAAUCUGCUUUGGAACGAUUUGACUUAUUUAUACCAAGUUUUAAAAAUAACUUUUUUCUAACCCACAUAAUCAGUCACUACAACACAUGUAAUUAUCACAUCUGUUAGAAGCAUUUUUAAUGUGCUGAAUUUGUCUUUUUUUUUAAGAAGCACUCUACAAAUUAGUAGUUAUUAAUACCUCUCUGAUCAUAUUGAGAAACGAAGAUAUGUUGCAGGAAAAAGAGAGAUUUUUUUCCUUUUCUCUCUUUUACUGCAGCAGAUGGACAGGUAUGGACAUAUGGGUGUGAAGGGAGCUUGCUUUUAUAAUUAACAGAAGGCUCACUGCUCAGUCUCUUAUUUAACCAUGGGCAAACCUUACCUCUUAUCUUACUCUCACAGUCCUAGGGUCUAUUGUAUUACGCAGGUGGUUUCUUAAAACCAACAUUACACACUUUGAAGUGGUCUGUUUCCUUGCACAAAGCAUGUACCUUGUGGCCAUGUCAGAGUAAUAUACAAUUUUGUAGUGUUUCUCUACAUUCCUCUUGGGAAUUGAUUGAAAGUGUUAACAUGGAAAGCCAUUUUCAUUGUUAUAGGAUUUUUCAGGAAAAGAAGACACAGCUAAUUAAUAUCUGAUCCUUGUUUUCUGUUGUAUGUAGUUCUGUGGAACCAAGAUGCUGUUUUCUAGAUAUCAGAUCGGAGUAUCAUGUUUUUUUUAAGUGCUUGUUAUUGGCUUUAAUCAUUUUUGGAAUUGGGACUUCUGAGAAAUCCUGCCAAAUAUGUUUGUGUUCCAUACUAAGUGAUCAGAGUUUUUAUGCUGAUUAUAGCUUCUUGCUUUCCAUCUCUUCAACUCAACCCUUCUUAGUAUAAUGAAAUAAAAUUGGCUGACCAAAGGCUUCUGGUCUCCUAGACGUGUGUAGUAUAACCUUUAAUGUACGCUCAAUCACUUUGAUUUCUGUAGCUCUAUUCAGGUUUGAGAGCCCUCAUUUGAUCUGUGGAGUCCUUGCUGGUGAGUGCAGUGUUAAGGCAAAAUUUUCUAUUAUGUAAUAGUUAAAAUUUUGCAUCAGGCACUGAUAUUUUACAGCAAUUUGCUUUUGCAUUCACCUAUUCUGGGGAUAAUCUAAUAACAGCUUUAUUUAGGAAAUGAUAAAAACUAUUUUUGAAGGGUAAUUGUCAUUGGCAAAUUCCAUUUGCUGGCAUUCAUGAAAGGCUGCAUUCGAGUGAUUUUCCUGCAAUAGGCAGUUCUACCAACUGUAAUUUAAUAAAGGCCAGCGUCUUCCUAAAAAAGCUCCUUUAUCCAGAUGUAGUUUUUAUAUGACAGAGAAUAGUAGUGGACCAUGAAAAUGACUCAAAUUUUGUGGAGAAGCUAGCGAGCACCCCAAGGAUGUGUUUCUAGCCAAGGACCACCAGUAGCACACUAGCUUUAUUUAAAAAAAAAAAGUAGGAGAGGAUAUAGACAAGAAAGAAAAUGUAGGAUGAAGAUAAACAUAUUGUAUGAUUAGGAAUGACACCAUAGAGGGGAAAUCCUUGACAAUCCAGUGGUUACGACCCUGCGCUUCACUGUCAGGGGUCCGGGUUCCAUUCCUGUUCGCUGUGUGGUGUGGCCAAAAAAAAAAAACACAACACACUAGAGAGGAAAGAUGGAA